AUGGCUGAGAAAACACCAACCAUUACUGGUGCAAGCGGAUUGCACCGAAUCCCAUCCCUCCGGGGAACUGAGAAUUACAACACAUGGCGUAUACAGAUGGAAGAUAUACUUACCGAUCUCGAUCUGUAUAGCUAUGUAGACGGCAAAAAUGAAAGACCCGAACCUAAGAUAAAAAUCAGGGUUACUGGUUGCAAAGACGACGAUGGAAACGACUUACCCGACCUUGAAGUAGGCGAUGAUGACUCCGCAUACACGGAAUGGAUCAAAGCCGAUCGUAAAACACUGUCAAAUAUUAGAUUAAGAGUCGAAGGGAACGUACUUACACACAUACAAUCAUGUAAGUACUCCGCCGACGCUUGGAAUCUCUUGGCAGCAACAUUUCAAGUUAAGGGUACUGUUGGACUAAUCAACUUACGAAGAAAGUUCUUCAGCCACAGGAUGUCGGACAGCGAAGACAUUGAGGAACACAUACAACGUAUGCGUGGAUGGUUCCAACAAAUCAAUGACAUCGCACCAAACUCGUGCACUGAAGCCGAUUGGAUAACCACGUUAGUAGCAAGCCUACCUGACUCAUGGGACACGUUCACCCAGUCUGUAAGCUUCGAAUUCAACACUGAAGACAAGAAUAAAUUAGCCAAUCAAGUGAGUGACUUACGCUCACGUAUUAUGGCCGAAGCACACCGAAGAAAUACCCAACAACCUGACGGUAAGACUUUCUUCGCUACAAAUAAACCGAGCUUCAAUAAGUUCGUACGUACCAAUAUGAGUAAUAAAGGCCCAGAUAAGUCUAAAUCGAAAUGCAAUAACUGCGGAAAGAUUGGACACUGGGCAGCCGAAUGCCAAGGUCCAGGUGGAGGCGUAUUCAAGCCCAACCAUCCAAAUAAAGGCGGUCAACCAAACAGAAGAUUCAACGCACCAGGAAAAGCUAGGAAUGGCAAUGCCCGCACGCAUAUAGCCAUAGCUAAUAACUCCGAACAUAAAGAAUAUGCGUUCUCAACUCUCGAGGACGAAAUAAGCCUGAUAGGCAAGACCCCCAACACCUGGAUAGCGGAUAGCGGCACUACUACUCACAUAGCAAUUGAUCGGAAUGCAUUCUCCAAUUAUACCAAGUCAUCCGGCUACGUCGCCGGAGUCACUGGCAAAGAGCCAAUAAUGGGCCGCGGCACUGUAGAGCUAUUCUCACGUACCGAGUUUGCCCGCAAACCUAAUCAGCUUAUCAUUAGUAACUGA